GCGGGGAGGGUCUCUGCCCGCCCGGGGGUUAACGGGCGGUUUGGGAAAGCGUCAUUCGUGUCCGCACCGGGACCCGCACGCCCGACUUCCACGGCCCGGGACCGGCACCAGCCGGGACACGCACGCCCGGUUCUCCCACCGCCCAGGUCCGGGCACACCCGGGACCCCACGGCCCGGGACCGGCACCAGCCGGGACACGCACGCCCGGUUCUCCCACCGCCCAGGUCCGGGCACACCCGGGACCCCCGGCCCGGGACCCCACAGUCCCCGCACACCCGGGACCGGCAGCACCCGGGUUCCCCGGGACCGGUACUGACCCCCUGAGCCCGGGACCGGCACCGCCCCCCAGGCCCCGACCUCCCCGUUUAAGCUGAUUACCGGAUGCUCCGGUGAAUCCGGGAUCGUUAAUAGCCGGGAUUGGCAGCGGGGGCGGCCGGGGAGCUGCCGGGAAUCCGGGGGGCUCCGCAACCCCUUCCCACCGCCGAGCACUCACCGGGAACGGUGGGUUCGGUCCGUCCCACCGGAUCAGUCGGCCUCGUCCGUCCAUGGCCGCCCUCUUCACCGGGAAGGUCCUGAUGGCCAACCGGGAACGGGACGAGGUGGAGACGGAACGGGAGCUGGGCCGGACGCUGGAGAACAAGGUGCUGCUGCUCUACUUCGGAUCCGGUCAGUGCCCGCGGUGCCGGCAGUUCUCCCCGCUCCUCAAGGAUUUCUUCCUACGGUUGACCGACGAGUUUUACGUGGAACGAGCUUCGCAGCUGGUCCUGGUGUACGUGUCCCGGGACGAGACGGAGGAGCAGCAGAGCGCUUUCCUGAGGUCCAUGCCAAAACGCUGGCUGGCCAUACCUUUCGGGGACGCCUUCAAAAGGGAGCUGGAGCUGCGGUUUGCCGUGUCCGAGGUGCCCACGGUGGUGGUGCUGAAGCCGAACGGGGAGGUAAUCGUCGGAAAUGCCGUGGAAGAGAUCCAACGCAUGGGCCCCGCUUGCUUCCGAAACUGGCAGGAGGCUGCUGAGCUGGUAGAUCGAAAUUUUCUCUUGGCAGAGGAUUUUGACGACUGCACCAGGAGAAGCAUCACCGACCCCAUCCGCCGCCUCAAGUACAAGCUGGACAAGAAGACGGAGGCGAAGAACAGGGAAAGGAAAGAGGAAGGUGAAGAGUCUCCUUAGGGACUCGGGAGCUUGCGGCUGCGCCGGCUGGGGACGUCCCUCAGGUCACUGUCCCUACCCGACGUCUCCAGAACAGCAACAUCUGUCUGUGUUGUAGAAAUCCACUAAAAUCACGUUCGUUUUCCAAAAGGUGAAUUGUUUUAAGGCAAAGGUUUUCAUAUCGGGAAAAUUGGUUAGCAUAAUAAGGAUAUUCCGACCCUGACUAAAUUACAUUUCCUUUUUAUCACCCUAGGACCUAGCGUAGUAAAAAUCUCACAGUGACAUCUUUGUCAUUUAUUUAGCAAAAAAGUGAGAAGAUAAUUAACUGCUAGAGACCGGCAUUCAGUGAAUGACUCGCUAAACAGUUUUAAUGGGAAUCGCAUGAAAAAAAACCGGCGGCAUGCCCAGGCGCUGCUAUGGAGGUACAGAGAAGCUGUGGCAAACAACAACGGGAACAGAAUCCCUGCGAUAAACCCAUGUAGGGUUUUUUUUUUUUAGGAGACAGGCACCCACGUGCUAAGUGAGCAAGUCCUGAGAAACCUCCCACAUCGCUGCUCACGUUACACUGCUGAAAAUUUACAUUACGGACAAAUCCCACAGAGAAGCAGGUUGCUCCAUGACCGGAAUUACAACGUGCAGCAGCUGCCCCGGUGACCUGCCUCGCCGAGCGUGAGCCACCUCUUUUUAUCUGCUAAUCGCGGUUGCCAUCUGCUGCUGCAGAGUGCCAAGCGCUGCCGAUGGCAGCAAUCCACCGGGAAGCUGAGUCCCAUCCCGGGUGGAAGAUCUGCCUGUCCUAAACCUGCCAGGGCAGCACAUAUCCUUAGUUAAACAUCGCUCUGCUCCGUCCUGUCAAAUUCAACAGAUUUGUGUGAAGCCGACGCUCUGAACGGCUGAGAGGGAACACGCUCUGUAGCCAAAAAAAUCUCGUUUACUGAGCCUGCAGGAAAUCCUGCUGCGCGCAUCCCCCACUUUCAGUAAUCAAGGGGUCUGAAAAGCAGGAGAAGGGGGAAAAGGACCAUUAAUUUGCUCGUUUCUGGUCCCCUGUUCUCCACUGUAUCACGGGGGAGGUGAGCGGAGGAUUUACAAAAGCUUUGCUGGAUCCAUGAAGGAUCUGGGAAGGAAAGCGCAUGUUGAAGACAGACAGAGAGGCCGUGCAAGGCCGGCUUGUUCAACUUGUUUUCUCACUUAAUCCUCUCUCUCUUCACCCAGCAAGUUUAUCAGGUAGAUCAGGGAAGGAGGAGAAGUCCUGUAAAAUAAACAGUUGGGAGGGACUCUGCGUUAGGCAGAACAAGAAGGGCACUUCCUUCAGGAUGCUCUGUGGUGCGUGGACACUGCGUGAAAAGGCACAAAUAAAACCCAAAAGUGCUUUCAGGUGACAUACCUGCUGGCAGAGUGAAGCAGUACUGGCUGAUGGUCGCUAAUGAAACAAUAUUCCAUUUACCUCGGGCAAUGUCCAGCAGUUAGCAUGCCUGUGUUUAAAAAAGAAGUUAUAAAUCACAAAUUAGGAACCUGGAGCAAUGGGAGGGAGGCAAAGGGUGUCAUUUUCACCUGUUAUUAACUGGCAGUCAGGUGCUUCUCCUCGUCCCCAUGGAACUUUGAUGUCAAUAAAAGGACACUCUCCACCUGAA